AUGGCAGUGAGAGAGACAGAGAAUGAACUAAACACAGAUGAACUGACUGACAGAAGAGAUGACACCUCACUGCAAGGCACAGUGACUACUGUCACAGCUGUAAAAGAAGCAGGAGAAGAAGAAGAUGUGAUAAUGAAAGCAAUGCUUCUACAGCUCAUUGACACUGCUGUCUCUGCCUUCAAUCUGGCUUUCUUGACAGUUAUGAAGGCCGCCGCCACAUCAUGA